AUGUCUGCAUCAUGUCCUACUGGUAGUGACCUCAAUUCGACUUGGUUGUUCGUUCAACCAGGUUUAGAGUUUAUAUUAGGAUCUCAUGGGGACCAGGGUGUUAAUUCCAAGAUGUACAUGAACUGUUACACGGCAAUUUACAACUAUUGUGUAAACAAGUCUAGACAUCCGACCCCAGGUGGAGGUUCUUUGUCUGGUCUUGGCUCGUCUGGUGGAUCUGACAAAUCAGGAAGUCAGGCAUAUAGCAGUACCAAUUCAUACUCCUUAGCAGGAGCUGAAAUUUACCGUAAGUUGGAUGAUUAUUUGAUUCAAUACAUUUCUUCGUUGAAGAAGGAAGACCAAGAAUCCUUUUUGGAGUUCUACGUUAAGAAAUGGACAAGGUUCACUAUAGGGGCUGGAUACAUGAAUAAUGUUUUCGAUUAUAUGAAUAGAUACUGGGUUCAGAAGGAGAGAUCCGAUGGUAGAAGGGAUGUUUUUGAUGUCAACACAUUGAGUUUAUUGAAGUGGAAAACCCACUUGUUCAAUGCCAAUGCCAAAAAAUUGAUUGAAGAGGUUUUAGAGCAGAUCACUAAGCAGAGAAAUAAUGAGAUUGUUGAUACGAGUUUAAUACUGAGCGCCAUCAAAUCGUUGGUGUUUUUGGGGAUUGACGUUCAAGAUUUGAAGAAGCCUAAUUUGGUAGUUUACAUUAAGCAUUUUGAAAACAUCUUCUUGGAGAAAACGGCGGAAUACUAUACCAAAGAAAGUAACCAGUUCUUGGAGCAACACAACGUUGUGGAUUAUAUGAAGAAGUGUGAAGUUAGACUUGGUGAAGAAGUUUCUAGGUCGAACAACUACUUAGAAGAUCAUACUAAAAAGUAUUUGUUGGAAACGUUAAACAAAGUCUUGAUUGAAGACCAUGCACAGAUUAUGUACAACCAGUUUUUGGAUUUACUUGAACAAUAUCAAAUUGGACACAUCCAGAGGAUGUACAAGUUAUUGAGUAGAAUCCCCAGCACGUUGGAACCAUUAGCCAAGUGUUUGGAAUACCAUAUUAAGGAAGUAGCAGUGAAGGAAAUAGAAGAAAUCAAGAGAGCAGCGGAAGUUGAGCCUGUUGGAGAAGCAUCCUCUGCUACUGGCACUCCAACCCCAGCUGCUCCUGGUGCUGCUCCGGCAGGAAGUCUACUUAGAAGGAAGCCUAAUCCUGGUGUAAACCCCAAGACAUAUAUUCAUACCCUUCUCCAAGUAUACUUCAAAUUCAACGAAGUAGUGACUUCUGCAUUUAACAGAGACCCGCUCUUCAUCAAGGCACUCGACAAUGCCUGUCGCCACUUCAUAAACAAGAACUCUGUGGCUACACCUACUCCCAAAUCACCAUGUAGAACACCAGACUUACUUGCUAGGUACUCCGAUGCCUUCCUCAAAGCCACAUCGAAGGAAUCUGACAUUUCUGAUAUGUCCACAGAUAAUCUUAUGAUAAUUUUCAAAUUUAUUGAAGAUAAAGAUUCAUUUGAAGAACAUUAUCGUAGAUUGCUUGCCAAAAGAUUAAUAAACAGCAAUACCAAAUCUGAUGAAUUGGAAGAGCUGAUCAUUCAAAGGUUACAAGAAGAGAAUUCUUUAGAAUAUACUUCUAAAAUGACCAAGAUGUUCCAAGAUAUGAAGGCUUCCGAAGACUUGAAGAACAACGUCAAGGAAGAACUUGACCAAUCAAGUACAACAGCCGGAGUAAAGGAUUUUACUCCAUUGAUUUUGGCACAUUCGAUGUGGCCCUUUAAAUUUCUGGAAGAUUAUGACUUAAAAUUAGCACCAGAAUUAUCGCAACCGUUCCAAAAACUAGAAGAGAUUUAUCACAGAAAGCACAAUGGAAGGCAAUUACAAUGGUUAUGGAAUCAUGGUAAGAGUGAAAUUAAAGCCAAUUUAUCAAGAAAGGGUAAGCCCCCAUUUUUAUUUACCGUAAGUAAUGUCCAAUUGAUGAUAUUAUUGGCAUUUAAUAAGAAGUCGACUUAUACAUUCAAGGAAUUAAGUGAAUUGGUUGGAGUAGCGAAGCACACUUUAGAAUCUCAUUUAUUACCAUUCACUAAGUAUAAAUUAUUAGACCAGAGUCCAACCGGAUCACCUGAAGUUCUUGGCCUUCCAGAUACUACUUUCACUAUUGUGGAAGAGUACAAGUCUAAGAAAUUGAAAGUCAAUUUUGUUAGUUCAAUCAAGACAGAAGUGAAACAAGAAGAAGAAGAAACAAAGAAGGAAAUCGAUGAAACAAGAAGAAACUACCUUUCUGCAUGUAUUGUUAGAAUCAUGAAGGCCAGAAAGACGAUUCACCAUAAUACUUUGGUGAAUGAAGUUGCAACGCAAGCUUUAUCUAGAUUUAGAGCGAAGAUAAUCGAUAUAAAGAAGGUGAUAGAUUAUUUGAUUGAGAGGGAAUACUUGAAAAGAGUUGAUAAUGAUACAUAUGAAUAUGUUGCUUGA